AUGUCUAUGGCUUCUUCUGACGGAACAAGUUUGGGGCAAAGAGUAUCCGAAAAGGUUAUUUCUUUAUACAAUUCCCUUCCAAAGAAAGGCAAACCUCAAGGCCGUGAAGUAACCGUUCUCGCUGCUUUCCUUCUCUCUUCUCCUUCCAAUGAAUUGAAGGUUGUUGCACUUGGAACUGGAACAAAGUGUAUUGGACGUUCUCUUUUGCGUCCUUGUGGUGAUGUUGUUCAUGAUUCCCAUGCCGAAGUUAUUGCUCGAAGAGCUUUAAUCAGGUUCUUCUAUACACAGAUUCAAUAUCUUUCUGAAACUAGUACCAAGUCUGCACUGAGCAAUGGAGGAAAACGGUUCAAAUUUGAUGAUGACAACUUAGCAUUUGAGUUGGACCGAGGGUGUCUUGAGAAACGGAAAUAUACCUUGAGAAGUGGUUGGAAGUUACAUAUGUACAUAUCACAGUUACCAUGUGGAGAUGCUUCACUGAACUCGCAUGAUACUCCGUUGCAAAGUGUGCCUUUAGGAGAAAAUGAUUCAAAUUCAUCAUUAUUGAAUAUUUCAAAACAAAUAGGGAUGGUCCAGAGAAAGCCAGGUCGUGGCGAUACAACCUUGUCAGUUAGUUGUUCUGACAAGAUAGCGCGUUGGAACGUUGUUGGCGUUCAAGGAGCUUUACUUUCGUACUUUCUCCAACCUGUAUAUCUUUCGUCAAUUACUGUUGGUCUGCCACAUAUCAGUCCUGAAAUUUUUUCUUUGGAGGAUAACUUGGAAAGAGCUUUGCAUGAUCGUAUCCGACACUUGGAGAAUGAGCUAACAUUGCCAUUUCUAGUGAACCAACCACAAUUUCAGUCUGCUCCGGUGCCACCAAAGGAUUUUCUGCAAUCUGAGAGUUCUGCUAACAAUUUGACAUGCGGGUAUUCUAUAGGUUGGAAUGAAUGUGGCUUGCAUGAAGUCAGUUUGGGAACUACUGGAAGAAAGCAAGGCACCUCCGCAAAAGGAGCACUCUAUCCAUCGACCGAGUCGUCUUUAUGCAAAAAGAGGCUAUUAGAGGUUUUCUUGUCAACGAGAAAAGAGUGCUCGGCCAUGUCCGUGGACAACGAGAUUACUUACAGAGAACUAAAGGAUGGGGCUGAAGAAUAUCAGUUAGCAUCAAAGAUUUUUAAAGCGAAGCCGCCUUUUAGCAACUGGUUUGUGAAACCCUUGGACUGUGAGAAAUUCCCCAUUUCAAAAUAA